AUGAUCCAUAUGCGCUGCUUGAUUGUCACGCAGGAUGCGUCUAUCAUCAUUGGCCGUGCAGGAAAGCACGUCAACGAGAUUCGCGAAAAGAGCGGGGCACGCGUCGUGGUCUCCGAGAGCAUCCCAGGCAACCCAGAACGCAUCCUGAAUGUCAGUGGUCCAUUGGAUGCGGUCUCAAAAGCAUUUGGCCUCAUUGUCCGAAGGAUAAAUGACGAGCCAUUCGACGUUCCUUCGGUUCCUGGCAGCCGGGCAGUUACCAUCAAGUUCAUGAUACCCAAUUCUCGCAUGGGCUCUAUUAUUGGGAAACAGGGCGCGAAAAUCAAGGAAAUUCAGGAUGCUAGCGGCGCACGACUCAACGCCAGCGAAGGCAUGCUACCUGGAUCUACUGAGCGGGUGCUCAGCGUUGCCGGUGUUGCUGACGCAAUUCAUAUUGCAACAUACUAUGUUGGCAACAUCCUCAUCGAAUGCCAAGAGCGCAUGCCGUCUUCGACAAAUUCGUCGUAUCGGCCCUCUAACCGUGCUCCGCGUCCACCACUCAGCGGAGGCGCUCAGUCAUAUACGCAGCAGAUUUACAUCCCUAAUGAUUUGGUCGGCUGUAUCAUUGGAAAGGGCGGAAGCAAAAUCAAUGAGAUCAGGCACAUGAGUGCUAGCCAGAUAAAGAUCAUGGAACCGGGUGUUACUCCUCCGGGUAUGAGUGGACCUGCGGGUGGUACGGAGAACGAGAGGCUGGUCAUUAUAACUGGGCAGCCACAUAAUAUCCAGAUGGCUGUCCAACUGCUAUACCACCGUUUGGAACAGGAGAAGCAGAAGCAACAGCAACUGGUUGCGCAGCGCGCUAUGCAAUGA